ACCUUUAUUUGACCUUGUCAUUUUGUGUCACACACGGAGAAAUUUAAUUAUUCCUUGUCAGUUGAAUUGUAAUUUAAAAAAUUCCUCUAAUUUUCCAUUUAUUCAUUACAAUCUAUUAUCAAGAAUUUUUGUAAGUGUUAAGAAUAAUAAUAGACAAUUAAAUUCGACAAAAAUGGCUCUCAAUAAAUUGAGUAUUGAUAAAGUUGAUCUCACCGGCAAAAGGGUUCUUAUUCGAGUGGAUUUCAAUGUUCCGUUAAAAGAUGGUAAAAUAACGAAUAAUCAAAGGAUUGUCGCCGCAUUAGAUACGGUGAAAUAUGCUUUAGAAAAGAAUGCAAAAUCAAUUGUUUUAAUGUCCCAUUUGGGUCGUCCUGAUGGUAAUAAAAAUUUAAAAUACACAAUGAAACCAGUUGCCGAUGAAUUAAAAACUCUUCUUGGAAAGGAUAUUUUAUUUUUGGAUGAUUGUGUUGGUGCUACGGUUGAAGCCGCUUGCGCUGAUCCAGCACCAGGAAGUAUUAUUUUAUUGGAAAAUUUGAGAUUUCAUGUUGAGGAAGAGGGUAAAGGCGUUGGACCCGAUGGUAGCAAGAUUAAAGCCGACAAGGACAAAGUUACUGAAUUUCGUGCAUCAUUGAGAAAAUUAGGUGACGUUUAUAUAAACGACGCUUUUGGUACGGCACAUCGUGCUCAUAGUUCAAUGAUGGGCGAUGGUUUUGACAUAAGAGCAAGUGGUUUUCUUUUGAAAAAAGAAUUACAAUAUUUCGCCAAAGCCCUCGAUAAUCCUGAGAAACCAUUUUUGGCUAUUCUUGGCGGUGCUAAAGUCGCUGAUAAAAUUCAAUUGAUCAAUAAUUUAUUGGAUAAAGUCAAUGAAAUGAUAAUUGGCGGUGGUAUGGCGUAUACAUUUUUAAAAGUCACCAAAGACAUGAAAAUUGGAAAUUCCUUAUUUGAUGAAGAAGGUGCAAAAAUUGUUAACGAUCUUCUUGCAAAAGCAGAGAAAAAUGGUGUGAAAAUUCAUUUACCAGUUGAUUUUGUAACCGCUGAUAAAUUCGCCGAAGAUGCUGCCGUUGGCGCUGCUGAUGUUGCAACUGGAAUUCCCGAUGGAUGGAUGGGUCUUGACGUUGGACCAAAAUCGAGGGAAAUUUUCGCUGAGCCAAUUUUAAGGGCAAAAGUAAUUGUCUGGAAUGGACCAGCCGGUGUAUUUGAAUUUGAAAACUUUAACAAGGGAACAAAAUCCCUGAUGGACAAUGUUGUAACAGCAACGAGUAAAGGUGCAGUAACAAUUAUUGGCGGUGGCGAUACAGCAACAUGUGCUGCAAAAUGGAAAACCGAGGACAAAGUCAGUCACGUGAGUACUGGUGGCGGUGCAAGUUUGGAACUUCUCGAAGGCAAAGUUCUACCCGGUGUUGCAGCACUUUCAUCAUCUUAAAAAAAAAAAAAAAAAAAAAAAAACUAGAUCGCAUAAUUGUAAAAUAUUUAAGAAACCGUUUACUCUCGUUGUAAGUUUUGUGUUUUGAAUGUUUAUCAUUCCAAAGAAUAAGAAUUAGACUGAAAUAAAAUUCAAGUUAAAAGUUGGAAAA